AUGGCCACGGUGUCUGGCGUCCUCGUGUUUGCGCGUCAUGGCGAUCGUCAAGGUUUCUAUCAGUCGCCCACCACAUACUCGUGAGUCGAAACGGCGUCGUUGAUGCAAGGCGUGGAAUGCCCAUGAUGCACGCUAAUGUUGAUCAUUGCCGAAGCAGCGCAACAAAGACAAAUUUGACAGUGGCAGGUUACGUUCAAGAGUACAACCUCGGCACAGAUCUACGCAAUGCGUACCUCAACACCUCGUCACCAUCUCUCAUACAAGGCAUCAACACUACCGUCUCGCAGAAUGCGCAACUAAGCGCCGCCGCCGACGCCGGCGGAGAGUCCGGACCCAUCCUCGAGAGUGCCGCUGCUUUACUCCAGGGUGAGCUCUUGCUUGAUGCCCUUCUGUUCUUUUGCAUGCUCAUCGGCAUCUUCCUCGGCUCCGGCGCAGGUCUUUACCCGCCAUACAGCGAGACUAUCACCCUGGCAAACGGCAACGUCGUGUCGUGGGACAAUCGCGCGCAGCUCAUCCCCAUUGAGACGGUCGAGGCUGAUCAGAGUCCUGAUUUCGAAGGCUGGACCGACUGUUCAUCCUUUGAAGACCGUCUUGCAGAUUUCUACGCUUCGGAUGAUUUCAAGAAGCAAGCUGCAAUCGCCAAUCCUUUCUUUGCGAGUCUCAAGGGGGUGCUGGGUCCCAACAGACCUGCUAAGCUCGAGAACGCUUGGAACAUGUGCGUGUUCCCUUUGGUCUCGGCACAUCUGGUCUGUUCUUGACUGACCCAGACCAACCUGCGUACUCUUGCCAGCUUUGACUUUCUGAACGUCGAGUCUAUCCACAAUACGACCUUGGCUCCUCAGAUCGGCGCACAGAACCUUUCACUUGCAAAGUACUGGGCCGACUACCACGAGGCUGGCUCCUUCACAGACACCGACAAAAGCAACGUUGGAAACGUCGCCGGUCAAGCGUGAGCACUCUGUGGUGAUUUUUCGACGCAGUGUCAUCAUGCUGACAUUGAUUAAUCCUGCACCGUCUGCGCGUAGCUUUUUGGCACCAGUGCUCGACUCCUUGCAUCGCCUCGACAAUGCGACCGACCCGUUGAAGUUUUCGCUUCUGCAGAUCAGCUACAAGCCAUUCCUCUCGCUGUUCAAGAUGUUCGACCUGGGCGCACCAUUGAGCACGUCCGUGGUGGACUAUGCAUCUGCAGCCGUUUUCGAGGUGUACUCUGACCACAGUAUCAGGAUGCUCUUCCGCAAUGGCACCAGCGGUCCUUUCGAGCCGUACGCGCUCCUGGGUUCCAACUCCAUGACGAUGCCAUUGUCGGACUUCAACAAGGCUAUGCAACCUUACAACUUGGACACUCUGAGCAAGUGGUGCAACCAAUGCUCAGAAACCGAAGCCAAGGGAUGCUCCACCCUCGCUGCUCUGAACGGCACCGGAGGCGCAGGUUACGCAUCCGUCACGAGUACCGAGGGACGACACGCAGUCAGUCCCGUGGUGGCGGGUGUCAUUGGCGCUUUUGUCGCUUUGGCCGUCGCUGCUGCUCUCCUCGCUCUCUGGCUCCUUGCUGGGGGACUCGUCAAGAAGCAUCGAGGUGCCAAUGCUGCGCCCAUCCAGCGCCGGGACGCAAAGGGCCAGCACGAACUUCAGGAUCGCGCGAGCAACGCUUCAACCAGGCAGGAAGGCUCUCACACCGAUCUUGUCAAGCAAGCUUCUGCUUGA